CGACCCCACCGCCACGUCCACAAUCGCCCACGUAACGCACACCUCUCACUGCGAGAGCCUACAAUCGCCAGCAAAGAACCCAAUUCUUUCGACCGUGAGGUCUCGGCCCUCAGCGUCCAACAUGUCGUCAUACCUCUCGAACCUCCUCACGACCACGACAUCACGAUACACCUCUCUACGACGAAAUCUCCUGGACAGCGAAGGCGACGGCGAUACCGAAGAUGACUCCCAUAUUUCGCGAGUGCUGAGGGCAUACUACAUCGAGAAGGGCAGGCCUUUUCCGCCAUGGCUGCCCCCAGACCCAAAAGGGACACCGCAACAAGCGCCCACCACACAGUUCGUUUCCUCGCUGGGGAGACAGCCCGGACAGCAGCCCCCCAUGGGCCGCGGCGGUGGAUUGAGUGGUCUAUGGGAUGAGCAACCACAGCAGCCGCCGCCUCAGCAGGAGCCGCUGUCGCUGCGACGAGCACAGGGACGAGGUGGCGGUGGGCGCGGCAUGCCCGGACGACCAGGUGCCGUCGAAUCGUAUUCUGCGGAGCCGCAACUGGCACCACGACCGCUCCCAAGCCAGCGGGCAGGAAGCUACCAACCGGCGAGCGCAUUUGGACGACCGCCUGCUGAACCAUCACCGCCGCCAAGCAGUGGAUCUGGAGCGACCGCACAAGAGAGACUUAAGGCGAGGCUGUGGGGAUCUGGACGGUCGAACAGCCCAUUGCAGGGCGCGUCUGCUAACUCCAGUCCUGCGUCGACGCCGGGUGCAGGGUCAGCGGGGAUGCGCAAUCCAUACGAUCGAAGCAAUAGUGCUGGAUCGGCCAGACAGGCUGCACCAGCACCAUACCCAGAGGAGCGAGGAGGAUACGGCGGGGGCAGGCAAACGCAGAAUCAGAGCUCAAACGUAUCAGCCAACUCGCCUUGGUCGAACCCGGCUGAUGACGAGUUCGGUGGUGGAGCUUACGACACGGGAAGGCAAUAUGGAGGCCCACGGGGCGGAGGCCGCGAGAGAAUUGGGCUGCCGAAUGGGCCACGGCCGCGAUAAACUGUUACUUCAGGCUUCUUAUGGGAUUUGGGUUUCUAUGGAGCGUUCAGCAUAUUCAUUCACGGCGUUUUGAAGUUGUUCGGACAGUUUCCGGUUUCCUUUGAUAUGUGGCUUGUUACAGCUGCAUGCUUCAGGUGCUCAUUCGGUGCAUUCGAAGGCUCUGUAUAUCUGUCCUAUGGAUGCUAAUAAGUAAUAAGAGCCAUACUAUACCCUCCUA